UUUGUUGAUAAGCUGUAGCUUUAGAUAAACAGAUCAGUUCUCAAGUACAAGACAGUUUGCAACGUUUCCAUAGACCCCACGGGUAUGCAAAAACAGAUCAAAAUCCUGGGGAGGAGAGAGAAAACAGAGUCCUCUCUCAUAUAGAGUGGUCUGAUGAUUCAGGAGAAAGAGUGGUCAGGCAAUGCCUAAUGCAAUGCUUUGAAAUAGAUGCUUGUAACGCUUCAGUUUGCAGGAUUAAUCGUAAUUAUUACUAAAAACUGCUAAAAAGAAAUGGAUUGGAUUGGACUUGUUUUAACACUAUUACUAUGUCUUCUUGCAAUUACAUCCCUUUUGAAAAAGGGCAGUCACUGGAAUAACAGCUCCGCAAAUCUUCCCCCGGGACCCAGGACCAUACCCAUUUUGGGAAAUCUGCACAGGAUGGAUCUGAAGAGGCUUUACAGAACAAUGAUACAGGUAAAGCCUGGGAUUGUUUUUGCUCAUGGUGAGAACUGGAAAGUGAUGCGACGGUUCACAUUAGCCACGUUACGGGACUACGGGAUGGGCAGGAGGACCAUUGAGGACAAAAUCAUUGAAGAGUGUGGCGUCUUAGCAAAGACGAUUGAGACUUAUGCAGGAAAAUCAUUUGGAGUCACAACAAUUAUGACGGCUGCUGUUUCCAACAUCAUAGUUUCUAUUCUAUUUGGGAAGCGCUAUGUCAUGUUCCCCGUUGUGAUGUAUACAUAUAUCACAACGGGGAAUAAGGCAACCAUCACAUGCUAUGACUAUGAAGAUGCCACAUUUCUAAGACUACUAAAGCUAAUGAGGGAAAACGUCCAGCUUUCAGCAACUCCUGUUGUGUUGAUAUAUAAUGUAUUUUCCAUGCUGGGGUUGCUUUUGGGUUCUCAUAAAACAGUAAUGAAUAACAGAAAGGAGUUGCAUGAUUUCAUACAGACCACCUUCAUAGAACGUCUCAAAGAUCUUGAUGAAAAUGACAGGAGGAGUUUUAUUGAUUCAUUUCUUGUUCGGCAAAGAGAGGAGAAUAUGAAGAUGACAAAUGGCAAAUAUUUCCAUAAUGAAAACCUUAAAGCUCUUAUAAGUGACCUAUUUGGUGCUGGUACAGAAACAUCUGCAAACAGUCUGCUCUGGGCCAUCCUCCUAAUGAUGAAGCACCCAGAAAUUCAGAGGAAGGUCCAAGAAGAAAUUGCAAAGGUAAUCGGAGAUCUACAGCCAAGGACAGACCACCGGGCCCGAAUGCCUUACACUGAUGCAGUGAUUCGUGAAGUUCACAGGUUUGCUGACAUUGUUCCAACCAAUGUGCCACAUGCAACCACCAGGGACAUAACUUUCAAAGGCUUCUUCAUUCCCAAGGGCAUGCACAUUGCUCCAUUGCUGACAUCUGUGCUCCAUGAUGAAUCUCAGUGGGAGAAACCUCAUGAAUUCUACCCUGAGCAUUUUCUUGACUCUGAGGGAAAAUUUGCAAAAAACGCUGCAUUCCUGCCUUUCUCUGCAGGUUGGAGAGCAUGUGCAGGUGAGAACCUUGCCAAAAUGGAGCUCGUCCUCUUCUUUACCAGCCUGCUGCAGAGAUUUACCUUCCAGCCACCCCCAGGAACAUCUAAAGAUGAUCUGAACCUGACCCCUGCAGUUGGGUUUACAGCCCCUCCCAUGCUGUACAAAACCUGUGCUGUUUUACAUUGAUCCAACAGAAAAAAAAUAUGAAAAGCUGUUUUCUCAGCCUUUGAAAUGGCUUUAUUUUGACACAUUGGCAAAAUCUGACAACAUGAUGCCAGAUUGUCUAAGUUUAAGAUCUUGUUGAGGAGCUGAAUUGUAAUGAUCUAUAGAUACAUAAAAUGUAGAUGCUGAUAGGGAAGAAUAGUCUGGAAAUGAUUAAAAGCAAAAAGCUUUGUAUUGUUUUUACUGACUUUUUCUUUUGGGGCCCUUGUUUCCUUUGCCUUUUACUAUUUUUCCUCCUCUUUGACUUUCUGUUUCUGUUUAGUAUUUUUGGUCUGUUUUGCUUUACCUAAAAAGAGUAAUUUUAAGUA